AGUGACAGACAAUGAUGCUAAUAGAUCCCAUAACUGAAAGGUGGAGGGUGAAGAAUCGUUUUUCAUCAUCGUUGUUCCCUCUUCCGUUUCCGAUUCGAUUUUCUAUCGGAAAACCUAACGAAACCUAAACGUUCCUUUCCCUUCUCUGAAUCACAAAUUCUUCCAUCGUUGACACAGGUCAGAUUCACAUUAGCAUGCACAUCCUCUCCUCAGAUUCAGAGUAUCUACUUUGAGAUCUGAUCCGAUUUCAAUUUUUUCUCCGUCAGAAUAAACGAAUUUUCAGCUGAUUCAUGUUCUAAUCGUAACCGUUCUGUGGCCAUCCCUCUGCCGUAUCGGAAGAUGGGAUUAGUGUUUACAAGAUUGUUUUCAUCUGUUUUCGGUAACAAAGAAGCUCGAAUUCUUGUUCUCGGUCUCGACAAUGCCGGAAAAACUACUAUUCUCUAUCGGCUUCAGAUGGGAGAAGUUGUCUCUACCAUUCCAACGAUCGGGUUUAAUGUUGAAACUGUGCAGUAUAACAACAUUAAAUUUCAAGUUUGGGAUUUAGGUGGGCAAACAAGUAUCAGGCCAUAUUGGAGGUGUUACUUUCCAAAUACUCAAGCAAUAAUCUAUGUUGUGGAUUCAAGUGACACUGAUAGGCUUGUGAUAGCUAGGGAGGAGUUCCAUGCAAUUCUGGAGGAAGAAGAACUAAAAGGUGCAGUUGUUCUCAUUUUUGCAAACAAACAGGACCUUCCUGGUGCCCUUGAUGAUGCUGCAGUAACGGAGUCUCUUGAGUUGCACAAGAUUAAAAACCGCCAAUGGGCUAUAUUUAAAACUUCUGCUAUCAAAGGCGAAGGACUUUUUGAGGGCCUCGACUGGUUGAGCAAUACACUCAAAUCUGGAGGUAGCUGAAGGUGCAAGCUUCAACACAUUUGAUAUAUAGAUCGAUUGGUGAAUUCAGAAGGAAGGUUGACAUGCGUAUUUUGGUAUCACUUUCGUAAUGAUUAUUGUUAUUUGGGCUCACUUAUUUUAUUAUGUUUUUUGUGUUCAAAGAUUAACUAUAUGAAUGUCGGUCAAUGGUCGCUGCUGUCUUUUUGUCACUUCCAUUUUUAUUUUUGAAGUUCAUUUCUUGACCCCUCUGCAUAGAGUAGUUUCGAAAGAAAAAUUGAUCUUCUAAUUUGUUUGUGUAAUUGAGCUACAUGGGGUUUAUAUGUUAGUUACAUGCUCAACGUACAAUAGUUUAGUACAUAACAAUGGUGGUUGAUGAAGGUGGAUUUGGCUUCGCCAAGUUGAGAGAUUGCAUUUUGUCAAGUGACAACCGUUGAUAGCAGUUUAUUGAAAAACCAUCAAUUUAAGAUUGUGAUAAUUGGUAUCGGGUAA